CCACGGAGACGGCUAACAGACUGGACAGGCUUUCCUCCGAGGGAGACCCCGCCUCCGGCCAGUCAGAGACACCCCAGAAUGGAGGUCCUGAAGGAGAAAGUGGAGGAGGAAGAGGCAGCCGAGCGGGAGGAGGCGGCCGAGAGGGCUGAGAGAGGGGAGAAGGCGAUGUGGCCGAUGGAGGUGCAGAAGGAGGAGAGCACCGUGACGCAGGAGAUGCUCAGAGACCUGGAGAGGAAGCUCUCGGAGAUCGAGGUCUCCAUCCCAGAGAAGCCCUCGACCUUUACCAAGGACCCUAUCGACGUCUCCAAGCUGCCCCUUUCCUACCAAAGCAACACGCUCAAGGAGGAGCACCUGCUGCAGGUGGCAGACAACUUCUCCCGCCAGUACAGCCACCUGUGCCCGGACCGCGUGCCCCUCUUCCUGCACCCCCUGAACGAGUGCAAAGUGCCAAAGUUUGUGAGCACAACCAUCCGGCCCACGCUGAUGCCCUACCCAGAGCUCUACAACUGGGACACCUGCGCCCAGUUCGUCUCAGACUUCCUGUCCAUGGUGCCCCUGCCCGACCCCCUCAAGCCGCCCCCAUACCUCUACUCCUCGGCCACGGUGCUCAAGCUCCAGAAGGGAAACUGCUUCGACUUCAGCACACUGCUCUGUUCCAUGCUCAUCGGCGCGGGCUACGAUGCCUACUGCGUCAACGGCUAUGGCUCCCAGGACCUGUGCCUCAUGGACCUGACUCGGGAGGUGUGCCCGCUCACCAUGAAGCCCAAGGAGGCGGUCCAGAAGGAGGAAAAGGCACCACCUAAGAAGUACGCCAUCAGACCGCCCAGGGACCUGAGCAGCAGGUUUGAGCAGGAGCAGGAGACGAAGAGGCAGAAGGCGAUCCAGGAUGAGAAGGAGCAGCGGCUGAGGCAGGAGGAGGAGCGCCUCAUGGAGGAGGAGAGUGCAAAGACCGAUCCCCUGUAUGGCCUGCGGGUGCACUCCUGGGUGCUGGUGCUCUCGGGGAAACGCGAGGUGCCUGAGAGCUUCUUCAUUGACCCGUUCACUGCACGCAGCUACGGCAAGGACGAUGACCACUUCCUGGGGAUCGAGAGCCUCUGGAACCACAAGAACUACUGGGUCAACAUGCAGGACUGUUGGAACUGCUGCAAGGACCUAGUCUUUGACCUGGGAGACCCCGUGAAGUGGGAGUACAUGCUGUUAGACACCAGCAAGCCUCUCCUGUCCCUGACCGAGGGGGACGACAGCGAGAUGAGCGAGAUGAACGAUGAGGACGACGUGGAAAAUCUGGGCAAAGAGGAUGAGGAUGAGAGCUUCGACAUGCCGCCGGCGUGGGUGGAGCGGAUUGAGAUCUCCCCCGAAGCGUUCGAGACCCGCUGCCCCAACGGGAAGAAGGUGAUACAGUACAAGAGGGCGAAGCUGGAGAAGUGGGCCCCGUACGUCAACACCAAUGGCCUCGUGAGCCGCCUGACCUCCUACGAGGAUUUAGAGUGUACCAAGAUUUUGGAGGUAAAGGAGUGGUUCCAGAACCGGGAGGACAUGCUGGAGCUGAGGCACGUAAACAAGAUCACGGGCCUGAUUAUCGACUCCUUCAAGCCAGGUCACCCCCAGGCUCUGCGGGUGCACUCGUACACGUCCAUGCAGCCGGAGAGGGACCGUGUCAUGGAGUUUUAUGAAACGGCCCGCGUGGACGGCCUGAUCAAGCGGGAGGAGACGGCGAAGACGAUGACAGAGUAUUACCAAGGCCGGCCUGACUUCCUCUCCUACCGCCAUGUCGAUUUCGGGCCCAGAGUCAAGAAGACGGCUCUGAACAGCGCGGAGUCAAACCCCCGGCCUGUGGUGAAAAUCACAGAGCGCUUCUUCCGAAACCCCGAGAAACCUGCGGACGAGGAUGUGGCAGAGCGCGUGUUCAUGAUCUUGGACGAGCGCAUCCAGCUGCGCUACCACUGCCGCGAGGACCACAUCACGGCCUCGAAGCGCGAGUUCCUGCGGCGCACGGAGGUAGACAGCAAGGGCAACAAGAUCAUCAUGACGCCCGACAUGUGCAUCAGCUUCGAGGUGGAGCCCACGGAGCACACCAAGAAGCUUCUCUACCAGUAUGAGGCCAUGAUGAAGCUCAAGGACGAGGAGAAGUUGUCCAGACAUCAGGCCUGGGAGUCGGAACUGGAGGUGCUGGAGAUCCUGAAGCUCCGGGAGGAGGAGGAGGCGGCGCAUGCGCUGACCAUCUCCAUCUACGACACCAAGCGCAACGAGAAGAGCAAGGAGUAUCGGGAGGCCAUGGAGCGAGUGAUGCACGAGGAGCACUUGCGGCAGAUGGAGGCCCAGCUGGAUUACCUGGCCCCGUUCCUGGCACAGCUCCCACCGGGAGAGAAGCUGACACGCUGGCAGGCUGUGCGCCUCAAGGACGAGUGCCUCAGUGACUUUAAGCAGCGGCUCAUUGACAAGGCCAACCUCAUCCAAGCCCGGUUCGAGAAGGAGACCCAGGAGCUGCAGAAGAAGCAGCAGUGGUAUCAGGAGAACCAGGUGACCCUGACGCCAGAGGAUGAAGACUUGUACUUGAGUUACUGCUCUCAGGCCAUGUUCCGAAUCCGCAUCCUGGAGCAGCGGCUCAAUCGCCACAAGGAACUGGCCCCACUGAAGUAUUUGGCUCUGGAGGAAAAGCUCUACAAGGACCCACGCCUGGUGGAGAUACUGAAAGUCUUUGUUUGAUGCUCCCCCCUACACACCCCUCCAGUCCUCUGAUGCCUGUCCUGAGGCCUUGGUAAAGCUGCCAGAGGAAAAAUCCUACCCUCAAGCCUGGCCCUGUGCUCCCUAUACCCAACUGAGGACCAUCCACUCAGGUACCUGGCCUCACUGCCACACCCCUUCUGCAGCCCUGUCUGUUCCUGCUUCUCAUGAUUUUCCUAUAAAUAAACACACUUGUAAUUUG